AUGAGCAAAUCGUGUGAAACUCAUGCUUGCAACGUCACCGGCUGCUGCUUGAGGCCAAAGGUUCCAGACCUUUGUGACGUUUGGGAAGCAGGUAGGACUACCAGCAAAGCUCGGGUGAACUUCGCUUCGAGAAAGCGUGCCCCUAUAAGGUUGGACGGAUUCGAGAGACCAGAAUCCGGACAUCUGCGCUUCUUUCAACAAGGACGAGGUCGCUUUAUCUCAUACAUGGUUCUGCAACCACAUUGUUCUCGACGGCUUGUCUAUGAGGUCUUUGGAUUACUUCUCAUUUGCUAUGACCUGAUUUGGCUACCAGUCGAGGCUUUUGAUCCCGAGAACACUACCUUCGCAGAGGCCAUGGCCUGGAUCACCAGCAUCUACUGGUUGCUGGAUAUCCCAGCCUCCUUCCUUGUGGGAUACGCCAUUCUUGAGGAAGGGACGGUGGAAAUGAGGAUCACGAAGAUAGCGCGCCGCUACUUGAGAACAUGGUUUUUCUUUGACCUCAUCAUAGUUGGAGUCGACUGGGGUCUCCAAAUAUGGACCUUGCUCCUUCUGACUCAACAAGACUCCGGCGCCGAAGCUGGUGUGGCAUUCUUCAGAAUGGCAAAAACCAUUCGGCUUCUGCGCUUUUUGAGAUUGCUAAGACUUCUGAAGGCGAGAGGCAGAAUUAAUGACCUCGUGGAGCAAAUUCAGUCAGAAGCUUCACUCAUCUUAAUUGGCAUUCUGAAGAUGCUAGUUUUCAUUGUCACAGUCAACCACUUGGUUGCUUGCGUUUGGUAUGCCAUCGGGAAUUAUGAUGCCUCGAGGCAAGACAGAUGGAUAGUAGAAUACAAGGUUGAGAUGAAGAACUUGUUGUACCGAUAUUCAACUGCGCUGCAUUGGUCGAUCACACAAUUCACUCCUGCAUCCAUGGAAGUGUUCCCACAGAAUGAGUACGAGCGGCUAUUCACUGUUUGCAUAAUCCUAUCUGGAAUGCUGAUUUUCUCGUCCUUUGUGUCAGCGAUAACAAAUGCGAUGAAUCAAUUGCGCAACCUCAACAGCUGGCGUCAUGAGCAGGAAUCAUUGCUGCGAAGAUACCUGCGAGAAAACCUGGUGACGCCAUCUCUGACGGCACGGAUUCACAACUGCUUGAACAAAGCCAUGAAACAGUCACGGAGAAGAGUGCACGAGGAUGAAAUCAACAUCCUCCAGCUCCUGCCUUUGAGUCUGAAGCUGCUCAUUUGGCAGACAGAGGGUGCCAAUUUUUUGUCCGGCCGCGAGAUUUGCUUUUUCUUCUCUUGGCCCAACAGUACUUCCAACAAGCCACGUCCAAAUAGUGUGACGCGGAGUGGGAAAGCGUGCUGA